GUAGUGAUUGUGGGGGUCGGGAUUUUCGGCGUCUAUAUAUAUAUAUAGAGUGCACCCCAAACAUACUUGUCUUGUACGACACGCAUUAAAGGUAAAGCAAAUUCUCUUCGUUCCCUCAGGAAGAAGUUUCUUUUCCUUUUUUUUCUUUUUAUAACAGUAUAAUUUUCUCGUCUUGAAGAAAAUAUACUCAAAUCUAUUGAUAUCUAGAUUAGUGUUCUUUUAUAGACUCAUUAAUCGUUCCAUACUUUUUAUACCUAUCUUCGUUCCCGUGGAUCUUCAUAAUGGUACAAUCCGCUGUCUUGGGUUUCCCUCGUAUCGGUAAAAACCGUGAAUUAAAAAAGGCUACCGAGGCAUACUGGAGUGGUAAGAUUUCUGCCGAUGAGUUACAAACUGCUGCCAAGUCCUUGCGUUUGGAGCACUGGAAGCUUCAAAAGGCCCAAGGUGUUGACAUUGUCCCUUCUAAUGACUUUUCCUUUUACGAUCAAAUCAUGGAUCACUCUUUUACUUUCAACGCGAUUCCCGAGCGCUACCUUAAGUAUGACUUGACUCCUUUAGAUACCUAUUUUGCCAUGGGUCGUGGUAUGCAACGUCCCGCUGUCGACGGUAAGCCUGCUGUCGAUGUUCCUUCUCAAGAAAUGGUCAAAUGGUUUGAUUCUAACUAUCACUUUUUGAGACCCGAAGUCUCUGACAAGACCGAUUUCAAGUUGAACUCCACCAAGGCUGUUGACGAGUUCCUCGAGGCCAAGCAAGCUGGUAUUCAAACCCGUCCCGUCUUAUUGGGCCCUGUUACUUUCUUGUUCCUCGCAAAGGCCACCAAGGAAUCAUCCGCCAAACCCAUCGACCUUUUGCCUAAGCUUACUUCUGUCUAUGUUGAGCUUUUGAAGAAGCUUGUAGAAGCCGGUGCCGAAUCCGUUCAAAUUGAUGAGCCCAUUCUUGCUCUCGACUUGGCCGAUGAGGUCCUUAACAGCUACAAGUCUACUUACGAGACCCUUGCUCAAGCCAAUGCUAAGCUCAUCUUGACUACCUACUUUGGUCCUUUGAAGGACAACGCUCAAGUUUUGAAGGGUCUCCCUGUCGCCGGUAUCCAUGUCGAUGUUUGCCGUGCUCCUGAAAACUUGGAUGCUGCUCUUUCUGUCCUUGGUGACAACCAAGUGCUCUCUGUCGGUAUUGUCUCUGGUCGUAACAUCUGGAAGACUGAUUUCCAAAAGGCCGUUGCCGUUAUUGAAAAGGCCAUUGCUGCCAUUGGUAGCGACCGUGUUAUCGUCGCUUCUUCUUCUAGCAUUCUCCACAUCCCUCACUCUCUUUCUGGUGAAGACCAAUUGAAACCUGAAAUUAAGCGCUGGUUCGCUUUUGCCGUCGAGAAGUGUGCUGAAUUAGCCAUCUUGACCAAAGCUGUCAAUGAGGGGCCUGCUUCUGUCCGUGCUGAACUCGAAGCUAAUGCGGUUGACGCCAAGGCUCGUGUUGAGUCCCCCAUCACCAACGUUAAGGCUGUCCGUGACCGCCAAGCUGCUGUCACUCCUGAAAUGCACACCCGUGAUACUCCCUUUGAAAAGCGUUACUCCCUUCAACAAGAAUCCCUUAAACUCCCUCAAUUCCCUACUACCACUAUUGGUUCUUUCCCUCAAACCAAGGAGAUUCGUGUCACUAGAAACAAGUUUGUUAAGGGCUUAAUUUCCGCUGAAGAAUAUGAUGCUUUCAUUCGCAAGGAAAUUACCGAUGUUGUCAAGUUCCAAGAGAACAUUGGUCUCGAUGUGCUGGUCCAUGGUGAGCCUGAACGUAAUGAUAUGGUUCAAUACUUUGGUGAACAAAUGGAAGGCUUCGUUUUCACCCUUAACGGUUGGGUGCAAUCUUAUGGAUCUCGCUGUGUCCGUCCUCCCAUCAUCGUUGGUGAUGUUUCCCGUCCUGGUCCUAUGACUGUCAAGGAGUCUGCUUUUGCUCAAUCUAUCACCUCCAAACCCAUGAAGGGUAUGCUUACCGCUCCCAUCACCAUUUUGAGAUGGUCCUUCCCUCGUGAUGAUGUUGAAGAAUCUAUUCAAGCUCAACAAAUCGCUCUUGCCUUAAGAGAUGAAGUUUUGGACCUUGAAAAGGCAGGCGUUCGCGUUAUCCAAUGCGAUGAACCCGCUUUGCGUGAGGGUCUUCCUCUCCGUCGUACUGACUGGGCUCAGUAUGUCGACUAUGCUGUCAAGGCUUUCCGUUUGGCUACUGGUGGUGUUAAGGAUGACACUCAAAUCCACUCUCAUUUCUGCUAUUCUGACUUCAAUGAUAUCUUUGAUGCUAUUCAAGGAUUGGAUGCUGAUGUUGUUUCUAUUGAGAACUCCAAGUCUGAUAUGAAGUUAAUGUCUGUUCUUAGUAACUACAAGUCUUGUAUUGGACCUGGUCUUUUCGACAUUCACUCUCCUCGUGUUCCCCCAGUUGAGGAAUUCAAGCAACGCAUUGAUGCUCUCGUUCAGUCUGUCCCUAAGAAUCGUCUUUGGAUCAACCCUGAUUGUGGUUUGAAGACUCGAGGCUGGCCCGAGACCACUGCUGACUUGGAAAACAUGAUUGUGGCUACCCGUGCUGUUCGUGAGCAAUAUGCUUAAGGUUAGCCUAAUGGUAUUUACAUCCAAAUAGGCAUUUCAUGUAUAAUUAAGGAAAGAAAAAAAGAAAAUAAAGGUUGGUUGUUAACCUUCAACAUGGUUAACCGGUAAUGAAACGAUUUAUGCUAUGGUAAUGUUUCUAGAACCGCAUAGCUGUUUUCUCAUCAACUGAGGGUAACAAGUUGAUAAAUUUUUGCUAUGCGAUGGCAUCUUUGUCUAAUUCUUUUUAAUAAUAGUUUAAAAAUUGCAUUAUUCUUUCUCAAGUUAUUCUAAAAAGGAAGGAAAGGUUGUAAACUAGUAAGAAUAAAGUGUAUAUUGCAUUGGCAUUGUAAGUUUGCAAGCUGUCUAAGAUUUUAUCAAUAAAAAAAUUUAUCUGCAAUUCAAUGUUUUGUUUCCUUUUUUUUUCAUUUUUUGGAUAGUUGAAUAUGCUAGGAAUGACUAGAAGCCGCAAUA